AUGGUAGAUCUGUUAAGCAUUGCUAUUGCGCAAUGCAUGGUUACCUUUUGCAUAGUGUACCUGAGGAUGCAAUCUGUCAAUAGAUCUCUUAUGAAAGCACCACGUAAUUAUAAAGAUAAAUUACUUAAAGGAAUUUCAAAGGGUGGAAAAUUAGCUGGUGUAUUUCAUUCAUGGAAAAUUGGUUCCGUAAGGAGAGAACUAUUAUUAAGAGCUAAGGAUGUACGUAAUUUUACUAAUGAAGGGGAUGCUGGCCUGUUAGAUAUUAUGAUGAAGGAUUCUGACGAAAAAGAAAAUAUAAUUGAAUCGUUGAAAAAUGAUGAGAAAACUGAGAAAACUUUAUUUGGUUUCUUUCAUCCAUACUGUAAUGCAGGUGGUGGUGGUGAAAAAGUACUAUGGAAGGCUGUAGAGACUACUUUAAAAUUUGAUCCAAAUAUUAUUGUUGUAAUUUAUACAGGUGAUUGUGAUGCUACCGGUGAACAAAUUUUGGAAAGUGUAUCAAAGAGAUUUGACUAUGAAUUGGAUGCAUCGAGAAUAUCAUUUAUUUUCUUAAAAUAUAGAAAAUAUGUUGAUAGUAAGACAUGGCCACAUUUUACUCUAUUAGGUCAAGCUAUUGGUUCUGUUUUAUUAAGUAUAGAGGCUAUUUUAAAAUGUCCACCGGAUAUAUGGUGUGAUAGUAUGGGUUUUCCAUUUGGCUACCCAUGGGUAUGGCACCUAUUAAGAAUUCCGAUAAUUACUUAUACACAUUUCCCCGUUAUUUCUAGUGAUAUGUUAAAUAAAUUAUCUCAUCAACAACAAACUUUGAAGAAUAGAGGUAAAGGAAUUUAUUGGAAGUUAUUUAUGAAAUAUUAUGAACAUAUGGGCAGUUUUAUUACAAUUGCUUGCACGAAUUCAAGUUGGACAAAUGACCAUAUCUCUAGAAUUUGGACACAAUGUAAAACAAAUGUAAUCUUCCCACCUUGUUCUACUGAAAAAUUAGUCCAUUAUGAAAAAGAAGGUGAUUUACCUGCAAAGAGGCUAAAUCAAGCUGUGGUACUUGCUCAAUUUAGACCAGAAAAGAGACAUAAAUUGAUUAUUGAAGAAUAUGCUAAAUAUUUGGAGACGGCUCAAUAUGAUGAUGUACCAAAGUUAAUAUUCAUUGGGUCGACAAGAUCAGAUGAAGAUAGGAAAUAUAUUGAAGAAUUAAAAACUUUAGCAUUAGAUGAAUUAAAGAUCCCUAAGGAACGGUUUGAAAUAAUACCAGAUCUUCCAUAUGAAGAUAUAAAAAAAAUGUUAUGGAGUUCUACUUAUGGUAUCAAUGCAAUGUGGAAUGAACAUUUUGGUAUAGCUGUAGUAGAAUAUAUUGCUGGUGGGUUGAUCCCAAUUGUUCAUGGUAGUGCAGGUCCAUUAUUUGAUAUUGUUAUUGAUAAUGUUGGUUUUUUUUUCCUUGAUCCAAGUGAUCCAGAUUAUAAAGAGACUAGUAGUAUAUUAGGAUUUGGUACAUUGUGUGAUGCUCUCAAAGAAGUUAGUUAUCUGGAUGAUAAAGAUAAGAAAAAAUUAUCAGAUAUUGCUAUUAGGAUUGCAUUAACUAAAUUUUCUGAUAGCAGAUUUGAGGAAAAAUGGAUUGAUCAAGUUUUAUCAAAGGUAAGUAAUUAA